AUGGCUCCAGAGGUGCCUAGUCACAAAGGAAUCAGUAUACUUGAAAGAGGAAAGCUACCACCUGGUAUCUUUUUGGCUUGGUUCACCCAGAACAUCAUAGAACGUUUUGCUAAAUCUGGUUCAGUCCUUAUUUCACUCUAUGAUUUACCUCCUGCAGUGAGUCUUUGUGUCAUCAGAAAUGUUCUUCUUCCCCAUGAAAUCAGACAAAGUUACGAUAAGGGAGGCCUACCAGCAAGGAAAAGACACCAGAACCGUCAGUGGUCCAGCUUUUGUCAGGGAAACAAGGAUUUCAUGUUCUUUCAGCUGCCAAACUCCCUUCCCAGUCACCCUCCUGAGAUCAAACAGGAGCCGCAAACUCCACAACAGAAACAGUCACAGCCUAGUAAUGUUAGCAAUGCAACUGCAGAAGAUGAAGAGGAGAAGAAAGCACAACCUCAGUAUUGUACUUUAAAUACAUUACCAGAAGGGCAGAUUGGGAAGCUCAAGAUAUAUAAAUCAGGGAAGACCGAGUUGUGGUUAGGGGAACAUAAGCUUAUUGUUAAUAAGGGAACUCAGGUUGGGUUUUUGCAGCACCUGCUGUGGAGCAAUCUGUAUCAGAUAUACUGCCUUAAACCAAUUGGCCAGGAUGGCAGAAUACAUGCCAUUCCACUCGAAUAUUAG